AUGCUCUGGGCCCAUCAAGCAGAUUACUGGCCGAUGAUUCUCUUCUACGGCGGCUGUAUGUUGGCUGAAUUGGCUGUUCGUCAAAGCACACUCGCUGCAUCAACAAACGACAUCUUCUCAGUCGCCAAGACUGGUAAACUAUAUUCUGCUUUGUGCAUCCUGGGUUUCAUCUGUGGUCUCUAUCUGGGCGGCCAACCCAAUCAAGACUAUGAACACGCGCCUGGCUGGGCAAUGCUCUGGUCUCUGAUACCCGAGCACGUCACGCAACCACAAAGAUACUGGUGCAAUUGGGGCUCUCUACUGCUGGUCUGGUCAACAGCCAAUUUUGGCCUCCUGCAGUGUAUCUUUACAACACGCAUUUCUCAGUACUUGGACAAGAUUUCCUUCUCGCUGUAUCUGGUCCAUGGUGUUGUUAUACACACUCUGCAUUACAGUCUACUCGACGCUCUCUGGAAUUUCAUUGGCACAGACACACAUCUAAAGAAGGAGACCGCAUUUUUGGUGUCCGCUGUGGUGGUCACCAUCGUCAUCGUGUGGAUGGCUGAUCUGUUUACACGGCUUGUAGAUGUACCUUCGGUGAAGUUGGCUAGAUGGCUAGAAGGCAAGUGUAUAGUGAAAACACCUGCGAUCAAGGUCGAACCUGCCUGGAGGAACUCAGAUACUAUUGUGUAG